UUUUAAUUUUUAAUGGAUACGUUUUUAAUCAGCGCCGCUCUCAAUGGCGCCCCCUGGUGUUUGUGUCACUAAUCUCACUCUACGCCACUGAUCCGUUCUGCUGAUAGCCGGAAGUGAUUCGGUGAGUGAAGCUUCUCUCUGACACAGUGGCGCGCGCACACACACACACACACACCGAUUCAGCGGCAAAGCCACCUCGGUGUGUCGUUCAGGCUUCAUUAAACAAAACGAAAUGUCUAAGUUAGAGCUGUUGAACUCGUAUUUGAUGGAGCGGCUGUCUGUAGCUGUGCGGGAGAUCCUGGAGGCGGUGGAAGCCACGGUAACGGAGUACCGCACAGAGACCGCACAGACGCGCGUGGAGAACGAAACCCUCAAACAGCAGCUCCAAGAGGUUCUCACUACACUGCGAGACCCAGUCGACAGGUCCUCCAAAUCUGGCUCAGAAGAAAUCUCUCCAUGUGGGCAGCAGGAGUGGGGCUCGAGCCGGGAAGAAAAAGCAGAAUCUCUAGAAGUGACCCAGAACCAGGUGCUAAGUAAUGGUUCAGUUGGGAAGAAGACACUAGACGUGGAGCUAGUUUGCAAAAUAGACCCAGAUCCUGAGGUAAAAACCCGAGAUGAGGACUUGUGCAAGAAGAAUCCAACUUCUGCAAACGCUGAGAAUGAGAACAGGAACACCUGUCAAGAAGUGUUGUUGCCUGUCGUAAAACUGCACAGGGUGAAGCUUGAAGAAGAAGAGAAGCAAAUUCCAGUAUCAUUACCAGACAUUGACCUUCCUUCAGACUCUCAUUCGUACAGCCCUGAAUCCUCUCAGAGCGUGCUCAGUCCCAGCACAGGCAGCCAUAAUGCCUUGAUUGCAGAGGUGCCAGAGAGACAAGAGCUCCACAACACAGCUCAGUCGGAUCAGACAACAAGCAUGGAGAAUUUGAGUAAAGAAAUGCACAACAAAAUACUGUAUAAAUGUUCACAUUGCCGAAAGGCAUUCACAGAACUGAAAAAGCUGCAAAUGCACCAGCAAACCCACGAACGGGCCUUCGGGUGCAACUGGUGCGGCAAGGGCUUCUACCAAUCUGCCGACCUUCGGCGCCACUUGCGCACACACACUGGAGAGAGGCCCUACUUAUGCACCUGGUGCUCUAAGAGCUUUAGUCAGAGGAGCAACCUGCGGCGACACGUGCGCAUUCACACUGGAGAGAGGCCAUAUCAGUGCGCCCACUGCGAGCGCAGCUUUAACGACAGCCACACGCUGAAGAAACACCAACGCAAGCAUAGUGACGAUCGCUACAAUUGCUCUCUUUGCGACCAGAGAUUCACUGUGGCCAGGUCGCUGCAGCUUCACCUGGUAAAGCAGCACUUCAUCGACAAAGACUGUCAAAACCAACAGCAAGUGAGCUUUCGGGAUCAAACGUAGACUGUACUCCUUUUUUUAGCAACCUGUUGUGCUGAAGUAUUGAACUGUCUGAUCAUUUUUUCAGUAUUAUUAUCCGUUUGCCAAAAGCUCACAGUUUUGGCUGUGCAGUCAUGUACAUAGGAAAGACUGUCUGGUGUAAAACUAUGUGCUUUGUAUGAUACUGUGAUAUGUCCAUCUGAUCCUUAGCACUAUGAUUUAAUUACAAGUAUGAUAAAUGUUUCUGCCCCAUGGAUUUUUUUUUCUUCACUUUAUGUGAAUCUCGAAUUUACAAAAGAUAAAAUAUCUCUAUACUUUCA